GUGUCGCUCCUCUCCUCCAUCCUGCCCUGCUCCACUGCAUUUUUUUCCCCUCCUCAUCUGAAAGAGAAGACUUGGAGAGGCCGGCUUAAAAGAGACUCCUGUGGGCUGAAUGCGCUCGACCUCACAGGACCGGACGCCGAGGAGAAAAGUCGAUUCAGUGAGCGACGACAGAGAGAAAAUGUGAAGCUCUCCGCCUGUCACGGUGUUGUGUUGGAGUAGUCGACUGUAAACCGGGAAAGAUGGCGAGGACGCAGACUCGCAUGUUCGUCGCCUUGGCUUUGCUGGGAAUUUUCCUCCUCGAUGUGUCGGUGAAAGGAGAGCUGCGGGGAGAGCAACAGGAGGAGGAGGAGGAGGAGAGGUCCUGUCAGGGCGCCUUCGACCUCUAUUUUGUCCUGGACAAAUCUGGAAGUGUGAAGAAUCACUGGAUAGAGAUUUACUCCUUUGUGGAGCAGCUGGCAGAGAAAUUCAUCAGCCCCAUGCUGCGAAUGUCCUUCAUUGUCUUCUCCUCACGAGGAACCAUCAUCAUGAAGCUGACUGAGAACAGAGAGGCCAUCACGGGAGGCUUAACAGCUCUGAGAAGGGUCAUCCCUGGAGGAGACACAUUUAUGAACUUAGGCCUGGAGAUGGCUAAUACACAGAUUUAUCAGGAGAAGCACGGGACAGCCAGCGUUAUCAUCGCUCUGACUGACGGAGAGCUGAAUGAGUGGCAGUUUGACACAGCUCAGCGAGAGGCAGAGAGGGCCAGAUCAAUGGGAGCCAUUGUUUACUGUGUAGGGGUCAAAGAAUUCAACCAGACCCAGCUUGCAACCAUUGCAGACACUGUGGAACAUGUGUUUCCUGUAUGGGGAGGCUUCCAAGCCCUCAGGGGAAUCAUUGACUCGAUCAUCAAGAAGUCCUGCAUCGAGAUUCUAGCGGCAGAGCCGUCCAGCGUGUGUGCAGGAGAGAGUUUCCAGGUGGUGGUGAGAGGCAACGGGUUUCUCCAUGCCAGAAACAUUGACCAGGUCCUCUGCAGCUUCAAACUGAACGAUACAUACUCUGUGGAUGAGAGACCAGCUGGAAUAGAAGAUACCGUCCUGCUCUGUCCUGCUCCUGUCGUAGAGGAGGUUGGGAGGGUGAUCUACCUGCAGGUGAGCAUGAACGAGGGCCUCUCCUACAUCACCAGCUCCGUUCACAUCACUACUACUGAAUGUUUCGACGGCACCAUCGUGCUCAUAUCGUUGCUGGUGGUGUUCCUGCUGUUGGCUCUGCUGCUGAUGUGGUGGUUCUGGCCUCUCUGCUGCACUGUGGUAAUCAAAGAACCUCCACCACCUCCCCCUCCAGAACCAGACUCAGAUGAUGAUGACGGGAUGCCCAAGAAGAGGUGGCCCACAGUGGAUGCAUCCUACUAUGGAGGAAGAGGAGUGGGUGGCAUCAAACGCAUGGAGGUGCGAUGGGGGGAGAAGGGGUCCACCGAGGAAGGUGCUAAGCUGGACAAACCCAAAAAUGCUGUUGUAAAGAUGCCAGAGCAGGAAUUUGAACCAUAUGAGCCAAAGCCCCGAAAACCGCCCCGCCGCCUCCCACAGCAAAGGAGGUGGUACUCGCCCAUCAAGGGGAAGCUCGAUGCUCUGUGGGCUCUGUUCAGGAGGGGCUAUGACCAGGUAUCUCUGAUGAGACCACAUCCCGGAGACGAGGGUCGCUGUAUUAGUUUCCAACGGGUCAAAGAUGGAGAGUCCACCCCGAACAACCAGGCUCCUCCUCGCACACAUCACUCUCCCUCGCCUCCUCCUCCUCCGCCCGUCGAACAGCAACCUCUGGUCUCUAACUCCGUCCCCCGUACGAAGCCUCCAUCGAGAGGGCCCCGCACCACGCCGCCCUCCCGCGCACCCCCUCCCGUGUUCCAACCCCCUCCAGGUCCACCCCCAACCCGCGCGCCCCCUGGGCCUCCAGGACCCCCGCCAUCUCGACCCCCACCCAGGCUCUGAUGAUGACGAGAGGGCCUCCGAUGAACAACUGAUACAUCAAGUCUUUGCGUUAAAAAAAAACCAUGUCCUCCUUUCACCCUAAAGACUGAGACAGCAGAGAGGCGUAAAAUCUUAUAAGGCAGGAGCUCUGACCUGAAGCUCUGUGCUUUGUUGCUGGACAGCAAAAAAUAUUUAUCUGAUAUCAAAAUCAGCUACUGACUUUCAUCAAAGGUCACAUUUUUUCUAAAACACACCAACAUUAUAGGAAAGACAAGCAUGUAGUUACUUGAUUAAGCCUGUGUGUAGAGUAAUAGACGUCAUGUGGACUGAGGCGGUAAGAGUAAGUGCAAUCCUUUCUGGAAAUUCAACCAAAUGGAUUUACGUGUUGAAAGUUAGAUUGUGACAGUUUAUGUGUGUGUGAUGGUAAACAGACUUAUUUACUUUGGGUUGGUAGAGACUAAUAUUGGGUGAGGACGUGGUGAAAAAUGCAGCAUGUAGUGAAAGAUAACGAUGUCGGUGAUGUUGGCUCUUGGUUUUUUAAAUGUAUAUCUUAGGUUGCUACAAAUCAGCCUGUUUCAUCAUUUUACCUUUUCAACCAAAGAAACCUUUUUUACAUCCUACUUAAAAUCCAGUGUAAAAGUUCAUUGAUCUUAUUGCAACUGCAGGGCAGUUUCUCCAUAUUUUAUUUAUUUUAAUACAAGCCCUGUCUGCAUCUGUUUUCUUUUUAGUGUCAGGUGGCUUUUCAAAUUUUGAGGAAGGGGAAGAUUAAAGUGGAAACAAGGGAAGCAUCCUGAUGUAUUUGAUUGCAUUGAAAAUUAGUAUCUUCAGGGUUCUCCUGUAUACUGCAUUUACUGACUGAAAUGAUCAUUUGCAUUAUUUCUUUAUUAACAACCUUUUGUGUCUGUCUUCAAUAAACAAAAUGGGUUUUUUUA